AGAUGAUAAAUUUCAAGAAACCUGUAACCAUUGACUUCCAUUGUAGGAAAAACAAAUACUAUGAGGGUCAAUGGUUGCAUGUUUGACAUCAAAACAUCACCUUGUAUGCCUACAAUAAGAAAAAAAACUAAUAAAAAUUUGAAACUAGUAAAGGGAGAGGAAAUGACUAGAUUUUAAUUUAUGAGUGAACUAUCCCUUUAAAUCUUGUCAUCGCCCUCAAAUAACGUUAAUCAAUUUUUACCUCAGUCUUUGAAACAGGUUGUAGGUGCUGCUGAUGUUCGCUGCUGUAUAAACACACAUGGCCAUGAAAAACUGGACGGCAGGAACGCAGUGCGUCGCUAAAAAGGACCACUGCAAACCCAAAGAUGGUGAAAUAUCGUAUCACAAAGGCGACAUCUUGACUCUCGUGGGGCCUGCAAUGAGAAAAGGAGAAUACACGGCCAGACACAACACAACAGGGGAGGAAGGACAGGUUUCAGGCUCCAAUCUCAGAGAAAGAGAAGCACUGCGUAUAGACCCAAAACUGAGCCUCAUGCCAUGGUUUCAUGGCAAAAUAGCAGGACAGCAAGCCGUGGACAAACUCAAGCCCAUGGAAGACGGACUUUUCUUGGUGCGGGAAUCGGUCCGGCAUCCUGGAGAUUUCGUGCUGUGCGUUUGUUUCAGUCAGAAAGUGUUUCACUAUCGCGUGAUUUACCAGGACAAUAAACUGACCAUCGACAACAAGCAGUUCUUCUACAACCUCAUCGACAUGAUUGAGUUUUACAGCAGAAAUCAAGGCGCCAUUUCUACAUUAUUACUAAAGCCCAAGAAGAAGGAAGGCCUGAAAUCUGCAGAGACCAAGCUGCUGAAAUCUGGGUGGCUUCUGGAUCUCUCAAAGCUGACAUUAGGAGAAAUCAUCGGGGAAGGAGAGUUCGGUGCGGUGUUUGCGGGUGAAUACACGGGACAACGAGUCGCAGUUAAAAUCAUCAAAUGUGAUGUAACGGCGCAGGCUUUCCUCAAGGAGACUUCAGUCAUGACAAACCUCCAUCAUAAGAAUCUGGUGCCGUUAUUAGGAGUUAUUCUGCAUAACGGGCUUCAUAUCGUCACUGAGUUAAUGACGAAGGGGAAUCUGGUGAAUUUUCUCCGUUCACGAGGACGUUUUGCCGUCAGUGUGAUUCAGCUGCUGAGAUUCGCAUUAGACGUGUGUGAAGGAAUGGAGCAUCUGGAGUCAAAGAAGCUCCUUCAUCGAGAUCUGGCAGGACGCAACAUUCUCGUGUCUGAAGACGGUGUCGCCAAAAUCAGUGAUUUCGGUUUGGCGAGGGUUGGUUCGAUGGCAGUCGACAACUCAAAGUUACCUGUGAAGUGGACUGCACCAGAGGCCUUGAAGAAUAAUAAAUUCUCCACUCAGUCAGACGUCUGGAGUUAUGGAGUGCUUUUAUGGGAAAUCUUCUCAUAUGGCAGACAACCGUAUCCCAAAAUGACUGUGAGUGAGGUGAAGGAGUGUGUGGAUCAGGGUUAUAGAAUGGAUUCUCCAGACGAAUGUCCCGCAGACGUUUACAGCAUCAUGACGUCCUGCUGGCAGACGGAGCCCAAGAAGAGACCGUCGUUUCACAAACUGCGAGAGCGAUUGGAGAAAGAGCUGAAACUCCACACAUGAGGAUUACACAACACUCAGGCUGCGCGUUCACUGAAGCGUUUUUGUUUACGUGAGUGCUAAUAAUGCUUAGCUGUGAAUUUUUUUUGCAGCACAUUGUUUUUUUCAGCCGGUUGCUAUGAUACAGAGUAACCUGCGCUGUACUGUUAAAAGUUGAAAGUCUUUAGCAAAUUAUUUGUUUAAUUAUUUAUUGUCCCGCCCCUUCUCCACUGUGAUUGGAUGGCUAGCUCAAAAGAGACAUUGAUGAGUGCUGCGUUUUUCAACUUUUUUUCAAUGUUUUUCAACUGACCGUAAAACACUCACUCAGUGCAUUGCUACGCUUGAAAAAUUAGCAUGAACAACAACAGGAAACAAACAGUCAACUUUUGAUUAAAAAAAAAAACACUUGGGUGGACGCACAGCCUCACUUUCACUUCGUUCUUUGGUAAACGCGCAUUAUAUUUAUGUGUUACGGUUGAUUUUAUGGCUUUUGAUUAAUUGGGUGAAUUUCUGGAAAGCGUGUUCAGGCAUUUCACCACACAAUCAGAAGUAUAAUUAAGCUUUUGCAUAAAAGUUAAGCCUAUUUUAGGAUAAUACUUUUCUUUGUUGUAUUUUCUUGACAAUUAAGAACACUUUAACUCUUGACUAGGGUUGUCACGAUACUGGAAUUCGGUA